ACCAUGUGGUAUCUCCUGUCAACGUUCUGUCUGUACUGCGCAGUCGCGGUGUCAUGUAAACAGCAGAGGUUCGUGAGCUAGCUAACCAGCUACAUAGAUGUUAGGGCGUUGAUACCGGCGAUAUUGUUCAAAUGUAGCUUUCAAUCAAUAUAUUUGUCUUUCUUCACCACACAUCGCAUUGUCUAGCAGGAUAAUCUGACCUGUGAGACCCUUAUCUACACCGAGGAUACCUCCUUUUGUUGUUUUGAUCAGUGAUACGAGAAGGCUAACGUUACUGUAGCUAGCAAGUUAACGUUAGACAGCAUAGUUUGGGUCCUUGCAACGUUGAGCUUCAAAGCUCGAAUGUAAGGGCGGGUUUCUUUCUCUUACAUUGUUUACAUGUUAGCUAACUUUAGAUAACUAUCAACCUAACGUGACCUAAUUGCUAGCUUAGUUAUAGUCUGUCAACUAUCGUUUUGCUAGCCAUGAUUUGACUUCGAAAACAGCAGGUAUACCAUUAUAUUAUUGAUUUGGUGCUUUGACUGUUUGGUCGUUUCUAGCUAAACAGCUUAGCUGGUAAUAAAGUAGUUCAAAUGUCAUGUUUGGGUGAGGUUGCCAAGUGUCUGUCCCUUUGUUAGUUAGCUAUAUAUUCGACACGCUGGUUUCAUGGCACUUAAAAUACCAACAUAAUGUGUUUUAGCAGGCUUGUAACAACUGUGUGGGACACUCGCUAGAUCGCUAAUUAAUUAGCUUGCUGGGCCGUAAACGUAAUCAAACUGUGAGUAGCCUAGGCCGAAAACAGGGACUGUGAAAAACAACUCGUCACUGCAGCCUAACGUUAUAUUGCCCACGACACGUAACCAGCUGCAAGGCCUGUCAUUAGGACAAUACAAUCAAUACAUGUUAACUGAAAACAGGAAACGCCAGCGGAGUGGUGGGGAAGAGGAGAAUGGCCAGCUGGUGCCUAAGGCCAAAAGGUUGAGCAGAGGAGCUAACCCCCUCUCUCCUGAGCUGGGCCUGGAUGCCUGGGACUCGGAGUUGUCCAACAGUGAGAGCAGAGGGAUUAGCAGUCCGGACCAUGCGGUGGGGAGCAGCAGCAGUAGCCAGUGUGCUGUGGACAGCCUCAGUGGGGCCCAACCCUACGCCCCUGGCCCAUGUAGUCCCCUCAGCUCGGCUCUCUCCUCAGAGCUAGCUGACCCCACUAACCUGGUCUCGUACCAUCAAAUCAACCGCAUCCUACGAGAGGCCCACUUUGAGAGUCUGCAGUGCCGAGGCCACCCCAGAGAUGCAUGAUGAUUUCCCCCCAUUCCAGCCAUGCCUCUGGGGCAGGAGAGGACCGACCACAACCUGGGCAUGCCCGGAGCAUUACAUGGUGGAUCACUCACUCAGCUCUACUACCCCUCUACAUCUCCUGUUUCCAUAACAUCACAGCAGCUCUAUGCUGUCUGCAUAUCGUUGGAUGGAGACUAGCUAGUCCAGGCCUGCUGUAUUAUUGAAACUUGGCAAUCCAUUUAGAAUGUAAAAAGAAACCUGUUCAUAUUGUUGGCAAUAAUAACUCUUUGAUCCAAUUGGGAAUAUCCUGACCUGUGACUCUUUUUUUGUUGUUCCAGACCAGUCUGGGUUACAUGCUGCAUAGUACCAGUCUGGGUUACAUGCUGCAUAGUACCAGUCUGGGUUACAUGCUCCAUAGUACCAGUCUGGGUUACAUGCUGCAUAGUACCAGUCUGGGUUACAUGCUGCAUAGUACCAGUCUGGGUUACAUGCUGCAUAAUACCAGUCUGGGUUACAUGCUGCAUAGUACCAGUCUGGGUUACAUGCUGCAUAGUACCAGUCUGGGUUACAUGCUGCAUAGUACCAGUCUGGGUUUGUACCAUGUUUGAGAGUGAAAUUGGAGGGGCUGCAGGAACUUCGUGUCUGUACAGGGUUACUGGUGUUUGUGGUCUGUGUAGGGGUUGCUGGGGUUUUGGGUCUGUGUAGGGUUUAUUGGGGUUUGGGUCUGUGUAGGGAUUCCUGGGGUUUAGGGUCUGUGUAGGGGUUCCUGGGGUUUAGGGUCUGUGUAGAGGUUCCUGGGGUUUAGGGUCUGUGUAGGGAUUACUGGGGUUUAGGGUCUGUGUAGGGGUUCCUGGGGUUUAGGGUCUGUGUAGGGGUUCCUGGGGUUUAGGGUCUGUGUAGGGGUUACUGGGUUUGGGUAGUCAUAUACUGAAUGAAAUCUGCACUAUGAAGGUUACGGUGUACUGUACGUGAAUCAAUAACAGUGAGGGUUUGUUUGCUUCCGCACUUGACAGGGGGCUAACAAUCACGUACUUUAACUAUCCAGGGUUUUGUUUAUUAGGUACCAAAUGGACUGAAAAAGGGGAAUGCCUGGACUUGUCCAUAAAAAUAAUUUGUUAAAAUUUUAUUUCACAACGUUUUACUACAGUGUGUCCUACUGAACAGUGCCCUACUGAACAGGACCAAGGGUCAUAGUGCAACUUAAUCAGGAAAAUGUUCGCCUACACCAGUAACGAAGAAGGGACCUUGGAUCUAACUGAGCUUGUAUAAAAAUGCACUGUAACCGCUGUUUUGUGACCUGUUUUUGGGUGAGCUUUGCACACGGCUUUACUACCCAAACACCUCUUAUCAAGAAGACCUUCCCUCAGCCCGGACUUGAGGGAAGUUUCAGUGGUUGAAGCCACUGAAACUGGCCUAGCUGCAAAACAAACCCACUUGAAUCCAGCUGGAUGGUUGCUGUAUGAUUCAGUCUGAAUCCAGCUGGAUGUUUGCUGUAUGAUCCAGUCUGAAUCCAGCUGGAUGGUUGUUGUAUGAUCCAGUCUGAAUCCAGCUGGAUGGUUGUUGUAUGAUCCAGUCUGAAUCCAGCUGGAUGGUUGUUGUAUGAUCCAGUCUGAAUCCAGCUGGAUGGUUGUUGUAUGAUCCAGUCUGAAUCCAGCUGUAUAAUCCAGUCUGAAUCCAGCUGGAUGUUUACUGUAUGAUCCAGUCUGAAUCCAGCUGGAUGGUUGCUGUAUGAUCCAGUCUGAAUCCAGCUGUAUGAUCCAGUCUGAAUCCAGCUGGAUGGUUGCUGUAUGAUCCAGUCUCUGUGAACAUCCAGGUAUUUAAAGCACCGACCAUAAGGCUGUGUGUUUUCACAGGCCCCUUUCCCCCAAAGUUGGAUUUGCUGUCCUCUUCGUGGGGGAGGAGCACAACUGUCCCUCUUUCAGUCAAGACUAAGUUUAGUGUUAUAUCAGAAAAUAUGGUUUAUUUUUAUCAUUAUUUUUUGUAUUAAGAAUUUCUACAUGACAUCUUACCUGCCAUUGAAAUUUUGGAUUUGAUUUUGUUUUUUUAAUUCAUCUACAUUUGAAAAUAAAGAUGUUUUGAAACAGG